AUGAUUCUUCUUCGGCGCCUCCACACCAAGAGCGUGCCGCGGCUCUACCUGGUGAGUAGCGAAUUGCUCGACUCCCAGGUGUUGCCCCGCAUCCCCACACACGAGCUUCUUGCACGGCUUCAGUAUGUUUCUCCACCCAAGCCGGGGCUUGUGCACUGGAUGCCCAUGGGAAUGCUUGUGCUCAACAAGAUGAAGCAGCUCGUGCACAAACACAUGCAAGAUGCUGGCGCCGAGGAGAUAAGCUUGUCUGCGCUCUCGCACCUGGAUCUCUGGAAACAGACGGGCCGCUGGGGUGGCGCCGAGUUGUUCCGCUUGAAGGACCUGAAGGGCGCCGAAUACUGCUUGGCGCCAACAUGCGAGGAGGAGGUCACACACUUGGUGCAGCAAAACGUGGCGUCGUACAAAAACUUGCCGCUUCUUUUCUACCAGAUCAACACCAAGUUCCGUGACGAAAAGAGGCCGCGCAGUGGGCUUCUCCGGGGGCGCGAGUUUGUCAUGAAGGACGCCUACUCGUUUGACGUGAGCGAAGCCGAAGCCAUGCGGGCGUACGAGACCAUGCUGCGCGCCUACGCCGGGGUGUUUGCUGCUUUGCGGGCGCCGUGUGUGCGCGCGGACGCCGACACGGGCGAGAUUGGCGGCUCCAUGUCGCACGAGUGGCAUUACGUUCAUGCGGCGGGCGAAGACACGUUGUUCGAGUGCACGGACUGCGGGCGCACGCUGAAUGUGGAAAUGACGCCGUCAUUCCCAGCCGAAGACGCAGCCGAGCCCCUGAAGACCAGUUUGGAGGCCGCCGUAGCGUAUUUCCCCACCAUAGACCGCUCGACCUUAGUGUGCGCAUACUACCCAGUGUCGCGCGCGUUCCGCCCGGCGUUUCUCCGCGAAACAGUGCCUGACAUUGACUUGUCGGGCACCCUCAGCGAAGAAGAGGUGCUAGCACUUUUCCGCGACGAGGCGACGAUCAUCGACAAACGGGUGGUGCGGAUCAUGGAUAGCAGACUCGACCUGCGCCUGAACCUCCCUGAUUUCCCCGUCAAGUUCGCUAACCGUUCGCUUGUGUCCACAUUGACAGAUGUGCCUCUUGUCGAGGCCGAAGAAGGCGAGUUGUGCGCGCACUGCGACUCGGGCACGUUGCGCUCGAGCAGGGCCAUUGAAGUGGCGCACACUUUCUACUUGGGCGACCGCUACACGCGCGCUCUCGACUGCACGGUCGAGGUGCCUGGUGCAGACGGAACCGUGUCCCGACAGCCGGUAUUGAUGGGCUGCUACGGAAUUGGCAUCAGCCGCAUAAUUGCAGCGCUUGCCGAAAUCAACCGCGACAGCCACGGCUUGCGCUGGCCUGCAGCCAUAGCCCCUUGGCAUGUCACUGUUGUGGAUGCGGGCGCCCAAGAACAGGCCCACGAGGUGGCGCGCUCUUUGGGCGACAUGGAGGUGCGCCUCGACGCGCGGCCCCUGGUACGCUUGGGCCGCAAGAUUCGCGAGUCGCAUGCCAUGGGGAUCCCAUUGGUGCUUGUUGUGGGCAAGCGUUACCCGACGGUGGAAAUCGAGGUUCGCGGGCGCCAGCAUGGGCGCCUGUGGGAAACAGUGCGCCAGGAACUGCUGUUCGACUGGAUAGUGGAGACAGGCGCCUCGCACACCAAGCAUAUUGUGGAUUGUGCAAAUGCGCCGAAAGUCGCAGCGGCAUUGCUCGCAGACAUGUAG